AAUGGGAACCCCGAGGACCCGGCCGUCGUUAUCGAGACCCAUGGCUCUAAAGCUGUGAAGCUGAGCCACGAGAUUGACGGAUAGAAGGUGUGUACGUGUAUUACCUUAAUUGUUAAGGUACCUUAUGUUGGCGAUUGUUGACACGACGGAUGCGUAUCUGUACCUUACUUUGUACUCUGUACCUUUCCUUUGGCUGUUGGCCAUAUAAAGUACGUACCUAAUUCAUAAGUACGAAGCCGAGCCGUCCCCACCAACGCGUCUGCCACGCCCCACAUAUGCUUAGGCACCUUGUCAUGCACGUCCCUCACCAACUCAAGACUUCCUACCAACAACGUACGAAUACGUCGACUUGAGAGGUCGCUUCUUCUCGCAUCAACCACCCCUCUUCUUCUUUCACUAUGUACAAGCUUCGUUAUUCGUCGCCAUGGUCCACACCCGAGCGCAGUUGGCUGCCCAGCAGGGCGACAUAUCAACGACGCAGGAUUUCCAAGGCGAGCCACCACCCAAGGACGUGGGGAUGCAUAUAAGCCAUUCUCGGAUAUGGCAACCAGCCGCCCAGCACGCCCAGUGCCCCCAGCCGUACCCCUCUUCGACCGAGAAGACUUUGCUUCAACACCACUCGCACCGCGGUACGAAGCGGCCCGCUGACGCUCGCCAUCACGAUCCAGAACCCGUUGAGAAGCGACCGCGACUGUCUCCGACAGAUCCCCUUGUGGAAGAGACACAGACUUCCACGAAGCUCAAUCCAAUUGCCCAUUGGGCAAGAGAAGGGCACUGGCCACGCGAAGAGCAGUGGCCACAAGAAUACAUCGACCUCGGCAUGGAGCACAUGCUUGCGCGAAAGAGGUCCUUGCGCUCUCUUUCCCGCAAGAGAUCGAACUCUGCUUCGUCCAUGACGCCCAGCGAUCAAAGGCCGAGGGAGGAGAAGAGUGCGCCCUACCGGGACAACCGUUACGAUAUCCUGCUCGAGACCAAGGGCGUAUACCUGGUCGCAUCCGACGAAGGUAUUACGGAUACGAGCAAGCGUCUUGUCCAAACCCUCCUGGAUGGUGAACAGCCGAUCCCCAGGGAGACCAUCUUCGACGACGCAGUAUUCUUGGAUGCUUGUCGUAACUUGGGGGGUCAGAAUGAGGUUAGGAUUAUCCAGGACAUUUCUCGACUCGUCGUUCCUUCGGCCGAAACGCUUGCCCUCCGUGCCAUACACCUCAGGCCUCUGGUCGAGAGCGUCAACGCGGGGUGGAACAAUUCGAUCCCCCUAACAGGCACUGGCACCCGGCCCCAACCGGACUACGCUGUGGGGUUCAGACGCCGGGCCUUCACCGACGACCAGCUCACCAAGCUAUCGCCGUUCAUAGGCGACUUGGUUGAUGGGGACUUGUCGUUCUUCAUGGCGACGUAUUUUAUGUACUUCCCGUUCUUGACAUGCGAGGUCAAGUGCGGCGCUGUGGGGCUCGACAUCGCCGACCGCCAGAACGCGCACAGUAUGGCUCUUGCCGUCCGAGCCGUCGUCGAGCUUUUCCGCGCCGUGAAGCGCGAGGCCAAAAUCCACCGGCAGAUCCUCGCCUUCUCCGUGUCGCAUGACCAUAGCUCGGUGCGUAUCUACGGCCACUACGCGGAGAUCAAUGGGAACAAUACCGCGUAUUACCGUCACGCGAUUUAUAAAUUCGAUUUCACCACGCUGGACGGGAAGGAGAAGUGGACGACCUAUCGCUUCGUCAAGAACGUCUACGACGUGUGGGCGCCCACGCACUUCGAGAUGAUCUGUUCAGCUAUCAAUCAACUGCCGGCCGAGUUGAACUUUGAUGUUCCGUCGUUACCAGACACGGGGCUAUCUAAAGACCUUGGAAGCUCGAGGCAAUCGGAUGUCGGCUCGGCUUCUCGACUUGUUGAGCAGGUCAACCAGUCGAGCAAUACUGGACAAGUGCAAGCGGCCACUCCAGGGACUUCUAUCAUAGAUCCGCAGGCGACCAAGAAGAGGAGGGAGUAGAAGAAGUAGAGUCAAGGGCCCCACGGUUAACGUCUAGAAGUUGAGGGGUCUUAAGCGCAUGCAUUACACAUGUACAAACUUGAUAAUGUCUGUACUAUAUCGAAGUGUCUAUUGGUGGCUAUGUAUAGCGAGUUAAUGUCGACCGUGAUUAUAUAGAAAGUCGGAUAAUGGAUCCGGGUCUAAAAGCAUUCUUUGACCCGCUUCUACGAAUACUACGUGUAUAGCAGGG